UAACUUUGCAGUUACCUUUUCACCAGGAUUACAAACGGUUUCAAUGAUCGUAUUAAAAUCUGUAUUGUAUCGUUUAUGACAAAUCAUUUAGCAAAAACAUGAAAACUGCUUUUUACUUUUCAGUGAUCUAAAACAUAAAUAAAAUGUCUGUUCUCUAAUCAUUAUGUGGAUAUAUGUGUUGUUGAACUAACUAAUAUUUCAUACUUUUUUGUUUUUCUUCCUAAUUCGUUAUUCGUAAUGAUCUAAUCGAAACCUUUUAAAGGAUUUUGACACUGUUUCCACUCUACAAUUGAGAGUUUGUUAUCUGUAUAGGACUUUUCAAAAAAUCUAAUUGGUUACAAUUGUCUUCUCUGAGAUAAAAAAAAUUCGUUUAAAUAUAUUAUAGCUACGUACCACCAACAUAUGACCAAGCUAUCAGUGGAUUAUAAUUAUUGAAUAAUAAAAAAUUACAUUAGUAAAGUCGAAGGCAAAAAAUUGUAUUAAUGGCAAAAUUUGCGUAAGUAAGCACUCGUUGUACCAUAUUAUUAGAUAACCAUUAAAAGACAAACAAAACACUCAAUAGAUAGCGAACAUCUUUAAUAAGAAGUGCAGGUUGUUUCACUGUCAGUAGUUUCGUUAUCAACAUGGAAUUUUAUCGCUUUAUAGCGUUCACAUGCAUCUUAGCGUUGGCCUAUUCAAAAAGUGUAGAUAAUAAUUAUGAAAAUGAGAAAGAAGAUUUAGAAAAUUAUAUACAAAAUAAGAAGAAUGAAAUUAAUCACAGAUUCAGACCUCUCUACCACGUCGCACCUCCAGUCGGCUGGAUGAAUGACCCCAAUGGAUUUUCAUAUCACAACGGAGAGUUUCACCUUUUCUAUCAAUUCUAUCCAUAUAAAAGCGAGUGGGGCCCUAUGCAUUGGGGACAUGUUAUCAGUUCUGAUCUUGUUCACUGGAAACAAAUGCCAACAGCUCUUCUACCGGGAACAGAACAAUGUUUCUCUGGUAGUGCUAUAAGCCAAGGGGAUGUUUUGACAUUAAUUUACACUGGUCGCAGAUCCAUUGAUGAGCAGCCUUAUUUCAACGAAAGCCAGUACCUCGCGUUUAGUGAUGAUGCUGUAAAUUUUUAUAAAUAUGAAGGAAAUCCGGUAAUUCCCAAUGCACCAAAUAACGCUCCCGAUUUUCGCGAUCCUAAAGUUUGGAAAUACGGAGAUGAAUAUUACGUAAUCAUCGGUAGUAAGACUUCAGAUGAAAGAGGAAGGGUUCUUUUGUACAAGUCUAAAGAUAUGUUUGAUUGGGAGUUUUUAACUGUAUUAGGCGAAUCGAAUGGAUCUUUGGGAUACAUGUGGGAAUGUCCGGAUUUUUUCGAAUUAGAUGGGAAAUUUAUUUUACUAAUGUCACCUCAAGGAGUCUCACCACAAGGAGACAGAUAUAAGAACUCACACCAGACAGGAUAUAUUAUUGGAAGUUUUGACUACGACACAUUUCAAUUUAUUCCCGAAGUUGAGUUUCAGGAAAUAGAUUAUGGUCAUGAUUUUUACGCAGCCACAACAACACAAGCGAACGGAAAACGAUAUCUGUUAGCUUGGUUUAGUAUGUGGGAUGUACCUUACCCUGAAGACGUCGACGGUUGGGCAGGUAUGAUGACUAUUACUAGAGAGCUUAACUUGGUCAAUAACAGAAUACUUAUGAAGCCAGUUUCUGAUAUGCUGAAUUUGAGGAAUGAAGUCGCUUUCAAGGAUGAAGUGAAGCCUGGACAAGUACACCAAUUCGGAAAAGCUGUGGAAAUAAUUAUUGAGAGCGACCUUUAUAACAAAAUUGAUUUGUUAUUAGAUGGUCAGGAAGGCGGAGGCAAAGUUUGGAUACGAUGGGACCCUGAUAUCGGUAAAGUUGUAGUCGAUAGAGGAUCUGGAGAUAUAAGACAAGUAGAAUGGAAACCUAUCGGUUCAACUACAUGGCGAAUAUUCUUGGAUAGCUGCAGCUUAGAACUGUUUUGUGGUGAAGGUGAGGUUGUGCUCAGUAGUAGAGUAUAUCCAUUGGGUGGAUGGAGAUUAAACAAUCAAAGUCCACAAACGAUACGAGUGGAGGCUUACAAUCUGCAAAGAAGUGUACCUGAAUAGUUAAUUUAUAAGAAUAUGAUGAAAAAAAUCAGUCAAAAUAUAUUCUGAAAUAUUUAAUAUGUAACUAAGUUUGAAUAAUAAAUAUAUGAUAAGUUGUAAAAUGUUACGUAGGUACGUAGAUCUCAUUGCGAAGACCAAUUUUUUCACUAAAAUAUAAAAACAAAAAAUCCAACGCUUUUAAUUAAAAAUGUAUAACGUUUUUAAUUAAACUAUUUGAGGAAAUCUCACUGGAGAUUAAUACAUAAAUUGAUAAAGUUUGAAACGAUAAAGCUGUCCUUUGUCAAUCAUUGUUCGACAGAGCUUUUGUUUAUUGUUUUGCAUUAUUUCCAAAUUGAAUUGAGCUCCCCUGUGAUGUGUUAUAUUGUGGACUUGAUUAAAAAUGUCGUUAUAAUAAAUUUAUUUACCUUUGUGAUAUA